UGCCAGUGAAAAAUGAUUUUUUUUUUUAGUUUCACCAUUUCACUGAUCACCUUCCGUUCUUCGGUCGUUUCGAUCUCUGACCGCUCUGAUAUUUCUUGUGGCUUUCGAAAGACCGAAUUCAGAGGCUGUUCUUGCAUUUGGUGGCGUCAAUUCUCUGCUCACCACCCCCUUUAAUGUCCCUUUCCCGCCUUCUUCUUCGCUAAUUGCAAAUUCCACUAUGUCUUUUGCAGCAGUCACCUGUAAUUCCAAUCCCAACUCUCCGAAUCUCAGUCAUGGAUCCAUCAAACGGAGAAAUGGCGUUCUUYUCAUGGCGAUUCCCACUCGCAGAAGCAUCAAUUCGAAGUCCCCAUCUCUACCCGAGCUCGUUUUCAGAAUCCCACGCGGUUCUUUGAAGCGCAGUACAAACCCCAAUUUCCCUCGGGUUAAAUUCGUCUCCCCUGUGAUGGAAUGGCAAAAUUGCACGGCCAAGAUGGAAGUCGACAUACCUGCCUCCGUUGCCUAUAAAUGCUACUCAGAUCGGGAAGCCAUCCCCAAAUGGAUGCCCUUCAUUUCAUCUGUGAAGGUAGUGGAAGAUAAUCCUAGUUUAUCACGGUGGUCAUUAAAAUACAAGGCUUUUGGUCAAGAUAUUGAGUUCUCUUGGCUUGCUAAAAACUUGCAGCCGACCCUAAAUCAAAAAAUCCAUUGGCGGUCUCUCGAAGGUCUUCCAAACAGAGGUGUUGUACGAUUUUAUCCAAAAGGUUCCUCAUCCUGCCUUGUAGAACUGACAGUCUCUUAUGAAGUUCCUCCACUUUUGUCUCCAGUGGCAUCUGCACUGCAGCCUUUGCUUGAGAGAUUACUUAAACGGGGUCUUGAAAGCUUUGCUACUUUUGCCAAGAAAUACCAAACGGCUUGAAAACCCGAGUUAUUUGUCUUAAUGGGUAUCCCACAUUAUCAUCUUUUUUCAAAAACUCUUAUAAAUUAAUGUAAAAUCUUGAAUAGAAUACAUAACAGAAUCUGUUGUACUGAAUAUCUCAAUGUAUUUUACAAAAAUAUGCUGAGUUCAGCUGAUUUAUUGAAGCUAUGUAUGCCUGCAAUCUGAGGGAGUAGAUAUCAGAAAACUAUUUACAUUCCAAUAAA